GCUCACUCUCUCUGCGUUGCUUCGGCUUCAUCGCCCCUGCUUCUUUUGGGUUCUUCCUUCCCCGAGGGAGGGAGAAGGGACGAAUGCGACGGAGGAUGCCCCUGAUCCGAUCUCCCGGCUCGCGCCUCCGCCCGCUGGUGGCGCCGGGCUACCCUUCCUUCUCAACCUCCGCCGCCACCGUGGAGGCCGAGAGGACCAUCGGGGACGGCCCCAGGAACGACUGGAGCAGGGAUGAGAUCAAGUCCAUCUAUGACUGCCCCAUCCUCGAUCUCCUUUUCCACGGUGCUCAAGUCCAUAGGCAUGUUCAUAAGUUCCGGGAAGUUCAACAGUGCACUCUUCUAUCUAUAAAGACUGGAGGAUGUACCGAAGAUUGUUCAUAUUGUCCCCAGUCAUCAAGGUAUAGUACUGGUCUGAAAGCCCAAAAGCUGAUGAACAAGGAUGCUGUUAUGCAGGCAGCAAAGAAGGCAAAAGAGGUUGGGAGCACACGUUUUUGCAUGGGUGCUGCAUGGAGGGAUACAAUUGGUAGGAAGACAAAUUUCAACCAGAUCCUUGAAUAUGUGAAGCUUCUUGCAUUAAUUGCUGCACGUAGGGCUAUGGGUAUGGAGGUGUGCUGCACCUUGGGCAUGUUAGAGAAGCAGCAAGCGGAGGAGCUUAAGAAAGCAGGCCUGACAGCUUACAAUCAUAAUCUUGAUACGUCCAGAGAGUACUACCCCAACAUCAUAACAACACGAUAUUAUGACGAAAGACUGGAAACUCUUCAGUAUGUCUGUGAGGCAGGAAUUAGCAAUUGUUCAGGAGGAAUUAUCGGUCUUGGCGAAGCAGAAGAGGACCGUGUAGGAUUGCUGCAUACACUGGCAACCCUCCCUACACACCCUGAGAGUGUUCCCAUUAAUGCUCUGGUUGCUGUCAAGGGUACACCACUUCAAGAUCAAAAGGUGAUAACUUUACCUCACCAUGUUGACCAUCUCGCCACAGCUCGUAUUGUAAUGCCAAAGGCAAUGGUGAGGCUAUCCACCGGCAGGGUUCGGUUCUCGAUGCCCGAGCAGGCACUUUGCUUUUUGGCCGGGGCCAAUUCCAUCUUCACCGGAGAGAAAUUACUGAUGACUCCAAACAACAACUUUGACGCUGACCAGCUGAUGUUUAAAAUACUUGGCUUGAAUCCGAAACCACCGACUUUUUCCGAGGCAGAAGAAGCACUUGAGCCAGAGAGAUGUGAGGAAGCUGUCUCUAACUAGGUUAAAGUUGAUGGUGAUACAAUUUUUUGUGGUACCUGUGGUUAAACAGGGAAAUUGAAUUAGCUGAGCCCAUUAUAUA